ACACUGGCUCUGAUUGAGUAUUUGUUUAUUCGAUAUAUACAGCAUGCGCUCGGUCGUUAAAUAAAUAAAAUAAUGUAACCUGAUGUAAUGUAAUCAUUACCAUUCGCUACGUAACCAUACCCCUCCACUCGUUGUGUUAAGUUCCCGCGGAAAAAAGGAAAACAAGAAAUCUGCAAAGAAUCUCCAACAUAUCACGGAUUUAUACCGAAACCCACUCCACAUACGAUAGUAUAUAUAUUUGUAUGUUUGUACUUGGCUUACACAAAUGCUUCAUUUGCACAAAACCUUGUGAUAUUCAGGUCAAGAUCUGAGGAGAAAAGUAUACGAUUUUCAGAUGGCUUCCAAUCCGACGAAGAAAAGCAAGACCACCGGUAUGCGCAUAUUAUGGAUACCGGGUCGGAAGUCGCAUUCCAAGGGCCGCUUCAAUACCACCAACAAACAGAUCUCGUAUUCAGGGCCACAGAAAAAGAGCGAAGUAUGGUCCUUGGGCGGCAGCAAGGCACAGUCCGAGCUGAUUGACUUUCCCUCUCCCGAUAUAUCCGGCACUUCCCCAUCAUCGUCUCUGAGCAUUGUGGCCACCUGUUCGAUGGUCCAAGGUUCCUCGACCAGCGAAAGAGCAUCCUCAGAUGACUUGGCCAUCGUUUCGGAGACAGCCACAUUGCCAACAACACCAUUGAGCAGCAAUUCACCGAUCCUGAACAGUCCCACUUCCGAGACGGCAUCAGCAUCCACCCGAGUCAUGACUUCUCCCAAUGUCAUCACCACCGUGGUAAUACAGGACUUGCACAACUUCAUGAGUCCCGACGACUUGCCCAAAGUGCCAGCCCUCCAGUCGCAGGAAACCGAGGUGGUGCUAAACAGCUCGGCGGGAACCACAGCCUCGAUAGCCACCACUUCUUCGCCCAUGGCCAACCACAAGCAGGGAUCCCCACCAGCAACCCAUUCCCAGCAAGCUUCACCGCAGAAGAGUAGAUAUAAGAAUCACAACAAUAACCAGGAGGAUAUCAACUCUAUAGAAAGCAUUUCCAGUUUCCCGAGGUUUCAGGGGAACGCCACCGACUUCGAUUGGAUCGACGACAUGGUGCAACAGCGUAACUGCAACGAAGUGAUGCAUAAAAACAAGAGAAAGAAGUCUAAGAAAGUCGAGGGCCUGGAGUCCGAUCAACUGGAUGGCAAGCUCUUUGCCUACGACAAUGACAAGGCUAAAUUGAAUGGCAAGGAUGAUGGCGACAAGGAUGAAAAGGUCGUCAAAUGCUUGUACUACUCACUCAUGUGCUGCGACUGUACUAUAUCUUAAAUGGGUCGUACGAACGUAUCCGCGUCCAUGUAAAAUACCUCUCAGCCACCUAUGUAAAAAAUAUAUAUACAUAUUCGAUUUUGUAUACCUUAGCAUACGCAGCGACGUAAUAAGACAUUGAAGAAGACCGAAGUAUUACCGAAUUUAUAAUGAUUUACAUGGAACUAACAUUAUGAACAUUCGAAUAAAUGUCGAAUUCCAAAUCCAACUACAGCUAUUUGUAGUGCAUUUUUGGUUUGAAUUUGAAAUAAG